AGUUGCUUUUCACUUCCAUUGUCCGAUUGAAGAUAAUAAAUCAGAAUCGUCUCCUAAAUUUCGCCUGUAUUAUAUAUUCUUUCACUUAAGUCUUCAAGCUGGAUCUAACAAUCAGCAGUAAUCUGCUGUUUUGUAAGGAUAUUUCACCAAUUUCGUAAAUUUAGGUACUCAGAAAAGCGAAAAGAUGUCGAAGCUGUCUUGGCAAGCAGUGGUGAUUGAAAGUGUACUUCUGAUAAUAGUCCAGUGGUUUGCAGAUGGGUACCCGGAAGCAGAUUUGGUUGUGAGACUUCCAGGUCAACCAAAGGUGACGUUCAGACAAUAUGCGGGGUAUGUUGAGGUCGACUUGAGCGUUGGGCGGAGUCUUUUCUACUAUUACGUUGAAGCUGAAACACACCCGGACACAAAACCAUUAACCUUGUGGCUCAAUGGAGGUCCAGGUUGUUCUUCAGUUGGUGGAGGAGGUUUCACCGAGUUGGGUCCAUUUUACCCAACAGGUGAUGGUCGCGGCCUCCGGAUCAAUACCAUGUCUUGGAACAAAGCUUCUAAUCUGUUGUUUGUGGAGUCACCAGCUGGAGUAGGAUGGUCUUACUCCAACCGAACCUCUGAUUACAACGCCGGGGACGAGUCUGCCACCAGUGAUAUGCUCCUUUUCUUGUUAAGAUGGUUUGACAAGUUUCCAGCAUUGAAAUCUCACGACCUCUUUCUCACUGGCGAAAGCUAUGCUGGACAUUACAUACCUCAAUUGGCUGAUGCAAUUCUCAGCUACAAUUCACGCUCAAGUGGUUUCAGAUUUAACAUCAAAGGCAUUGCAAUUGGGAAUCCACUUCUGAAGCUUGACAGGGACGUUCCAGCUGUAUUCGAGUUCUUCUGGUCGCAUGGUAUGAUCGCUGAUGAAGAAAGACUCACCAUCAUGAACCAGUGUGACUUUAAAGAUUACACAUUCGCCAGCCCCCAUAAUGUAAGCAAUAUUUGUCAUGAUGCUAUCAGAACAGCUGGAAACGUCAUCACUGAGUACAUCAACAACUAUGAUGUACUACUCGACUUUUGCUAUCCGUCUAUCGUCCAGCAAGAGCUGAGGCUCAAGAAAAUGGCUACUAAGAUGAGCAUGGGAGUGGAUGUUUGUAUGACCUACGAAAGACGGUUGUAUUUCAAUCUCCCAGAGGUGCAGAUUGCACUUCACGCGAACCGCACUCACCUGCCUUACGAAUGGUCAAUGUGCAGUACCCAGUUGAACUACUCUGGAAUCGACGGGAACAUGGACAUGCUUCCGGUUCUAAAGAGAAUUAUACAGAACAAAACUCCUGUUUGGAUCUUCAGUGGAGAUCAAGAUUCUGUAAUUCCUUUUACGGGUUCAAGAUCACUUAUACGGGAACUUGCUCAAGAUCUCAACUUUGAGAUAACAGUUCCAUAUAGAAUUUGGUUCCACAAAAGACAGGUUGGCGGCUGGGCCAUAGAGUAUGGCAAUCUAUUGACGUUUGCUACGGUUAGAGGAGCGGCUCAUAUGGUGCCGUAUGCGCAGCCGGCACGAGCUCUGCAAUUGUUCAGUAGUUUUGUGAGUGGUGGGAGAUUGCCCAACAAACCACACUCCUCUACUGAUGACUGAAAAGAGAGAAGAUCUCUUUUACACGUGCCACUAAGGGGACUUUUGUAUCGAUUGACAUUAGAUUAGUAGAGAUUGAAACAUAUAAGGGUUUAUUUUGUGAUCUUCAAGUGAAGUUUGUUUUAGUUGUCUUAAUGUCCCAGCAAGUGUUUUACUAUUUUUACUAAGAGGUAACAACUCAUUCGAUGACACUGAUUACGUUGACAAAUAGCAAAUGAUAAAUGUUAAAAUAA